AUGCUUGUCACUGGUCGACUUAGCCGAUCUCAGCCCUGGUGGUUGAUCAUCGGCGUGUCCCACCUUCUCUUGCUUUUUGCUAUCGCAGCCGCUGCUCCUACCAGCGACAGAAGCGAGAUUCAGCUCGCUUCCGAUGAUGAGCUUUCUCAUCAAGCUCCUUCCUUCAGGCUGCACGACAAUGCCCUACGCCACAGUUCCAGCGGCAGGUCCAGCUUUCAGCAAACUCCUUCUAGCUUUGCCUCAUCUGCUCCCGCCUCGCAAGGUCCACAGACCAUCAAGACUUCUUUGCGUAAUACACCUCCGACCCGAUGGGACCGCAUCCUCGCAAGGCUUCGCAGGUCUGCCGUUCUCAACUACGGCCAAUGGCGUACGUCAUUGCAAGCUGCGGACGUCAGAGCGUGGCAGAGGCAACAGCAUGUUCGGCAAAAAGCCGAAGCGCGACGACUCGCUAAGCUUGCACGCAAGCCUGGUGAGGUCGAAUUCCAACCCGUCUUCAAGCUGUCUGAGGAAGAGUUGAAGGCUGCUAGGCAUGCCAAGGCGUCCCACGAUGUCAGACUCUCGCAUGAGGAGAACGAUCGUCUCAGCCUUGCCCAGCGCGAGACUCAAGAUCUCCGAGUCGCCCAAACCGCGCCUCGUUCACCGUCGCAAUCAAAAGCCUUCCAGCCAAAGAGUGAUCAUCAGCAGCUUUACCCUGCCGAUGUCGCUGCUCAGGAUUCAGAUGGUCGCUCUCUGCGAUCCAAAGGUCUCAGAAAGCUCAGCAGGGUACCAAGUUCUGAGAUGGAUGCUGCAAUGCUGGAAAGGAAGGCCAGGAUGGCCGCAGAGCAUGGCGCUCCAGACCUCUCGGACGUCCUUCACCGCGUUCCGCUUCCGACUUUGCGUAAGAGGGCACCUCCCUCGUCCUCCGACCAAUACACCGAGCACCCGUCGCUCCAUUACGAGGGACAAGGAUGGCGAAUGUUCCGGGGCACAGAUGGAAGAGAGAUCAGAUUCGCUCCCUACGAACCACACCGGGACAUUGCUGUCAUGAGCAAGUCGUUCGACGACCUUACUCCACACGAGCGGAAAUCAGUGUCCAAGACUAUUCCAGUGGUCAAAGAUCUCCAAAAGAACAGCUGGAACAUCGACGAUUUAGCUUACAGGCCUGAAAUCGGCGCUCACGCUAACGACAGAGACAGAGGCAUGUACUUCUUCGACAACCGCAUGCCGCAGACCAUCGGGGUCAGAAGCGUCAACGGCCAGUACCAGCGAUUUCAGUUCGAAUAUCUCUCCAAGUCUGGAUGGGGUGGAGCACGUCGUAAGUGGGCCACAUUCGAAGAGCUGCCGGAUCACUUGAAGCAGUUUCUAAGAUGGCAGAGUCGGUUGGGUCUCGACUAUCCCUGGUCAAGCGCCGUCCGAUUUCGGAAGAGGUCUUUACCGUCGCCUGGUACGGACGCCGUGAAGCCAGCUCAGCUCCGCAAGAGGACACAACAGCAUCAACUUGGAGCGUCUCCGCGCAAAAGGACGCUGACCUUCGGUCUGCCAGGCGGUGGUGCAUCCUCCGCUGGAACGUCGGCUGGAAGUGACCGGUAUCAGACGUUUACCUACCCCGUCGAAUGGAUCGAAGUUGCCAGAACUCGUUCAGGUCUUCAAUUCUCCUUCCAAUGGGCUCGAGGACUGCCAGGUCGUGUGCAGUACAGAACAUGGGAGAAUCUGUCGCCGGAAGAGAAGGCGAAAAUAAAAAAAGCCAUUCCGAACAUCUAUGCUUAUGUAUCAGACUUCGAAGAGGCGAAAAGGGGCGGGUUUGCCUUCGAUCCUGCAAAAGACCCUCGCGAGCUUCAGAGCACAUUUCAUCAGCCCGGACCACCGAUCACAGUCCGCUACGCAAGAUUCAACGCGGACGACUUCUCGGAAUGCUCGGAAGGAAGAAGGCCCGAGUCGUAUUUCACGUCUACAAUCCCGAAGCCGGAGCAUACGAAGCGAUGGACUUGA